AUGUCGAGUUUAGGUUAUGAUCAGCGAUCUGGAACUCGAACUGGUGGUCAAGGUCCUGGUCGAUCACGGGUGCAGUGUCAGCUUUGUGGGAAGUUUGGACACCUAGUUGAUCGCUGUUGGCAUAGAUAUAAUAAAGAUUUCUUGUGUGUUGCUGCUGUCAAUUAUGGAUCGCAUCAAUCGGAUCAUAAAGCUGCUUCUUCUACAUAUAACUCGACGAUUUUAUCCUCUGAUGUUGGCUGUGAGUGUUGUACUAAACGAAAAUCUGGUUCGGUUGUGAUUGGUCAACUGCAGGCUCAUGUUACUUCUAUGACAUCUGAGCGUUGGGUGGUUGACUCAGGUUCCACGCAUCAUGUUACUUCAGACUCCAAUAAGGUCUUGAAUUCAUUUGAGUUUCUCAGUCCAAGUAAACUUUUAGUUGACAAUGGUAUGCCUCUUGAUGUAGCUUUGGUUGGUCAUUCUCAUGUUCAUGCUUCUUCACGUAUGCUUUUGCUGAAUGAUUUAUGUUGCGUAUGUGAUGAGGCAACUGGGAAUGUUCUGCUUCAAGGAGAGGAGCAUAGAGGUUUAUAUUCGUUUGCUAUGGAUAAUAACUCCUUAGCAGUCAAUCUUGCAGAAGGACCACCUCAUGUGGAAUCCAAUGGAUUUCGUUUUUAUGUUUCGUUUAUGGAUGUAUUUACACGACACACUUGGAUUUACCUGUUAAAACGGAAGGAUGAGGCUGUGUUGGUAUUUCAGAUGUUUCAAAAACUUGUAGUUAAUCAGUUUGGUAGUACUAUCAAAGCUUUACAAACUGACUGGGGUGCUCAGGCAUCUCUGUUAAUUAAAUACUGGUCAUAUGCUGCUAUCUCAGUAGUUUACUUGAUUAACCGUCUUCCUACUAAAGUUCUACAAGGCUUGUCUCCGUUUGAGAAGCUAUAUGAAAAGAAACCAAAUUGUUCCAUGAUGAAGUAUUCACAUGAUGCUCCAAAUACUGUUGUGCAACCCACUGUGAAUGGUGCGGUUGACUGUGCUUCAAAUGAUGUUGUAUCAGGGAGUGUUGUGCCCGUAGAUUCUAAUGGUGUAGAUACUGGUGCUGAUCAUGACGAAUUUGACAAUGUUGCUGGUGCAUAUGCUGGUGCUAGUCGUGAUGAGUCUGAAAUUGUUGGUAUUGACACUACUGUUGUUACUGAACCUAGUAUUGAUGUUUCUUCAUCUCGCAUUCAUCCUAUAAUGACACGUAGUAGGUGUGGUAUUUUUAAACCUAAAGUUUUUUCGAGUGUUGUGGAUGAUGAUGUUCCUGCUACAAUAAAUGCAGCACUACAGUCUUCUCACUCGACUGUUGUUGUACAUGAAGAAUACAACACUCUACAAAAUAAUGGUACUUGGUCUUUGGUGCAACUCCCUGAAGACAGAACUGCAGUUGGGGAUAUGUUUAGCUCGGUAGUUCGCUUUUCCAUGAUUAGUACAGUUCUGUCUAUUGUUGUCUCUAAUGGUUGGGAGCUUAGGCAUGUUGAUAUAAAUAAUCUGUUCCUUAAUGGAGACCUAAGUGAAGAUGUCUACAUGCAACAACCUCCUAGGUUUGAGUAG